AUGAAGAAUCUCAUUGGAGUCACGCUAAUCAGCGCUGCUGCUGCGACUGCAACUGCGACCGCGAGCUCUUCAACUGUGCAUGCAUCCCAACCCACAGGAGCUACAUAUGCAUCUGGUUUUGACAUGACCAAGAGUUGGGCCAAUCUGAGUCCUUACAAAGACGCAGACGGCUUCAACAUUCCUAAGGGUGUACCACAAGGAUGUGAACUAUCCCAGGUCCACGUUCUGCAUCGCCAUGCCCAAAGAUUUCCCACAGCUUACCCCUUAGAUGGAGAUGGCAUGGGAGAUUUUGCAGCCAAGCUCGCAAAUUAUAGCAAGGCUCACCCGGACAGCACUUCAGCUACUGGGCCCCUGAAAUUCCUCAACAAUUGGGAAUAUAUCCUGGGUGAGGAUCUCUUGCUGGAGAAUGGGGCGGCUACCGAAGCUACUUCCGGGGCAAACUUCUGGAUCAACUACGGUAGACUGUUGUACCGUGCCGGUCGGAAAAACCUAGCUGCUUGGAGUACAUCUUUGAAUGUUUAUUCAAACGGUACAGCCCGGCCCACACCCGUUUUCCGUACCACCUCCCAGGCACGUAUCCUGGAGAGUGCUCGGUGGUGGCUGAGUGGAUUUUUUGGUAACAGUGGUGCGAAUACCUCCUACGACCAAUAUGACCUUGUCAUUAUCCCUGAAGAGUAUGGGUUUAACAAUACACUGGCUUCAUAUGAGGCUUGUACCGGUGAUAUGAGUGAAGGCGAUAACGCUGCUGAGGUAUUUGUCUCACGGUAUACUAAGGAUGCUCGAUCACGCCUGUCAUCUUACCUGCCUCGCGACUUUAAUUUGACUGCCUCCAAUGUACUCGCCAUGCAAAACAUCUGUGUCUAUGAGCACACGAGUCUAGGCGGCUCAUCUUUCUGCUCUCUCUUCACCGAGCAGGAGUGGAAGGACUUUGAAUACAAUGUCGACGUGCAGUACUAUGGUGACUAUGCCUACGGUUCGCCUACUGGCCGUGCUCAAGGCAUCGGUUAUGUACUGGAACUGGCUGCUCGACUGCAACACAAGCUCAUUACUUCGAGUGACACUAGCAUCAACUAUACCUAUGAUGACAAUCUUGCCCAAUUUCCUUUCGGUCAACCAUUCUAUAUGGACAUGUCUCACGAUGAUAUUAUCUUGUCUGUUAUCAACGCCCUGGGCCUCAGCUAUUUCAGGUAUGGUCCUAAUGGUCUACCCGGUGACGUCGACCAUGCACCAAAGCGCAACUUUUCCCUGAGUCAGAUGACUCCAUUCGGUGCUCGAAUGAUAUCUGAGAUCUGGACCUGCCCUCAAAACACCUCUUUUAGCACCCUGGAUCCAGUGCUUAUCUCUAACCCCAGUCUCCAGUCAAAGCAGAGCACCACAGACUACAUCCGAUUUGUACUAAACAGCGCACCCUUACCCCUCAAUGGCCUUGUAGGAUGUGAAUCUGCCAACGAAGGCUUCUGUCCUGUCGAGCAAUUUUUGCGUGGGGUACCCACUCUCAAGCGCAAGGCCGAGUACCAGUGGUCAUGCUUCGGUAACUAUACUACUGGCAGCCAGGUUGCUGAUGGGGUCCCUGAUUCUUAA